GAACUUAUUAACAACGUACUUAGGCUAUACCUAGAUAUAUUUAUCAUCGCCUAUCUAGAUAAUAUCCUUAUUUACUUAGAAAAUAAGAAAGACUAUAUCUUAUAUAUAAAAACAGUACUUAAGGAACUAGAUAAAUAUAGCUUUAGACUUAAGCUAAAGAAGUAUAAAUUCUAUAAAAAUAAACUUAACUUCUUAGGCUAUACAAUAGGAGUUAACAGAGUAUAA